CAUGUCACUGGCUUUCCAAAAUGCCGAGUCUGUUAAACAGGCUCUUUUCGAGGAGUUACAAAGUUUGCUCAGUUCCGAUUCGGCGGUACGACAAUCGGCAGAACAGCGUAUGAAACAAUUAGAAUUUACAGAAGGUUAUGGCGUGUAUUUGUCUGAAUUGAUAAUGAACCAAUCAUUUGAUUUGGCCCUUAGGCAGCUGGCUUGCAUUAUGCUAACACGUUAUGUGGAAAAUCGUUGGGGUGAAUGCGAUGAAGAAGGCAACCCCAAUGUAGAUGGCGGUCUGGCAACGGAUCAAGCCAAGCGAACAAUACGCAACAUAUUGCCAAAUGGCUUGUAUGAUCCCAAUUCAAAGAUACGUUCAUCGGUGGCCCAUGCAAUUUCGGCAAUUGCUGCCACCGAUUGGCCUGGUGUCUGGACUGAAUUGUUUGAUAUUAUUGUUAAAUGUUUGGGUGGCAAUGAGAAUUCCAUACAUGGUGCCAUGCAAAUUUUACAAGAUUUCUCAUACGAUGAGAAACAGAUAAAGGAAUUGGGACCAGUUAUCAUAUCGGAGGUUUAUCGUAUUUUCGAGUCGGAGCAGAAUUAUUCCAUCAAAACAAGAACAUCAGCCAUACGCAUACUGAAGCCAUUGUUUGCUUCGAUAAGUAUUAAUAUUAUGGAUAAACAGGAACAGGCCAAUAUGGCAAAUUCCAUUUUGACCAAUUUCAUGGAAAAACUUAUGCAUUAUUUGUCAAUGGAUUGCGGGGCCUCAUCGAAUUUUAUGUUGAGAACGGAAAUUGUUAAAAUUCUCACCCACUUGGUAACUGAAAUGCCCAAAUACAUUCAACCCACAUAUGAUGAAUUGAAUAAUUUCUCUGCCAUGAUCAUACAAAUUAUUGAAUUUGUUCAAUGUGUAAUUGGUGCUGGCAAAUUCCGUUCAACCAUUAAAAAUGUUCUCACCGAUUUGAUUUAUAUUAUGAUUGUGUAUAUACAAGUUCCCGUUGAACAAAUCGAAGAUUGGAAUGAGGAUCCUGAACGAUUUGUUGAAGACGAAGAUGAUGCGGGGGUGGAGUUGACCAUUCGUGUCUCUGGCCAAGAUGUGUUGGUGGCCUUGAAUGAAGAGCUGGGUCCCAAGGUUUUAACAGCCUUGCAAGAAGCCCUCGGUCGUCACAUGAAUGUUGCCGAAGCUGAAAAAUCUGCCGGCAAUCCAAAUUGGUGGAAAAUUCAAGAAGCUUGUAUGGUUGCAGUUCACGUUUUCCGUGAUUUGAUUUUAGAAUCGGAAGAUAAAUUUGAAUUGUUAAAUUAUUUGACUUUGGUACGCAAUUGGUUGAAUCAUCAAGAGUGUCCACAUUUGGUGGGACGUGCCUUGUGGACAUUGAGCACAUAUUCCAAAUCGAAAUUGUAUAAUGCCCAAAUGUUGGAGGAGAUUUUGAAUGUCACCUUGCAAAGUUUGCAGGACGAUAAGGCUAUAGUUUUGAAAAUAAGCGCUGUAAGAGCUAUUCAUGGAUUCGUGCAGGCUCACGAAAAAUCGGAUGGUGAAAAACGUGCUUUGAUACAAGCUAAAUUACCAGGCUUUGUUGAGGGUAUUAUGAGCCUAAUACCCGGCUGCAAGAGUUCCGUUUUGGCAAUGCUUUUGGAAGCCUUGACGACAAUUAUAACGUUCGAUCCAGCAUUUGCUGCUCAAGCUCAAACGAAAAUUAUUCCCCUAACAAUUGCAGUAUUUUUGAAGUAUCCCGAAGAUCCAUUCAUUUUGGAAACCGUACAAGAUGUAAUUAAGGUCCUUUGCCAAAAUCCUCAUUGCCUUCAACCAUUGCAGGAGAAAUUCAUUCCAACCAUUGUUAGCAUUCUAUCGCUACAGGGUGAUCAGGCAAAUGCCGCAAAACAAGAUAUAGCUUUGGAUGUCUUAACCACCAUUGUACGGUAUUCACAAGCGCCGUUGCCAGCUGCUUUGGUGGAAAAUGCCUUCCCUGCCAUGAUACACUGUGUACGUCGCUCCGAUGAUCAAGCCGUUAUGGUGGCUGGCGGUGAAUGUCUGAGAGCUUUCAUAUUUGUCUCUCCCGAACAAAUUUGCACCUACAACAAUGGCGAAGGCCUAAAUUACACCAUGGAAUUGACCACAAUGCUCUUGAAUCCAAUGAACAAUGAAAUGACUGCUGGGCAAAUCGGUCGUUUGGUCAUUACCAUAAUCACCAAAAUGGGUAAUAUGUUGGGUGAAAAUGUUGAUCUGCUCCUGAAGGCAGUCAUCAGUAAAAUGCAGUUGGUGGAAUGCCUCAAAGUUAUUAUGAGUUUAGUGGUGGUCUUUGCCCAUUUGUUUCUUACACAAAUGGAUGCUGUAUUGAAUUUCUUGUCCACAGUGCCAGGACCAACUGGAGAACCAGCAAUGCAUUUUGUGUUCAGUAAUUGGUUGCCCAAACAGACCUCCUUCUUUGGCACAUAUGAACGCAAAGUAACCACCAUGGCUUUGUGCAAACUUUUCGAGUACGGUGUUACCACACAAGACCCACGUUUAACAUCGGUGAACGUUAAAGAUAUGGUCAUCAAUGAGGCUGCCAACAAUACACCUCGCAUUAAAACACGUUCCCAAUCGAAUGCCAACCAUCAAUGGGUAACCAUACCGGCCUUGGUGAAAAUGUAUAAAUUACUUAUCAAUGAGCUGUGCCAUCUUAAAGAAGCUAAUUUAGAUGAUUAUGAGACUGAUUCGGAAGAAGAUGAUGAUCCAUCCUCAGGGGGUGGUCUCACCGACAAGCCAUCUGGCAGCUCACCACCCAAGGCUCGCUUCAUUUCCGAUCUUUAUUUCAACGAUGAUGAUGACGAUAACACCGAUGACGAUCAACUAACCCAGGAGCUGCUCAAGGAUCCAUUAUUCCAAGCCAACAUGGAAGAAAAUCUUACCAAAUUUUUACAAAACUUUUCAAGUAGUGAACAUUUCCCCAUGUUUGCCAGCCAUUUGUCGGAGGCUGAAAAGGCUGUAUUGAAAUCUAUACAAGUUGAAGUUCCUUAAAUUGUU